GAGCCCUAUCCCCUAAUCAAAAGCCAGAUGCCAUUGCCCCCCGCCCGCGGCCACUAAAAUACUCUCCAUAUAUCAUAUCACCAACACAUAAAAAUCCGGUCUUUGCAGUCGUCGUCCCCCUGCCUCCUCUUUUCUCGCCCCGCCUGCUUCCGCUUCUGUCCGUAACUGAAGGUUUCUGAAGGGGAAGGCGCCGGCAGAGCGAGUGGUUUGCUUCAGAGAUGGCGCAGGCUGUGGUGCCGGCGAUGCAGUGCCAGAUGGGGGCGUUGGGCAAGUCGGCGGUCCGUGCGAGGCCGGCGGCGGCCGGGGGAAGGGUGUGGGGCGUUCGAAGGAGCGGGGCGCGCGGCACGUCCGGGUUCAAGGUGCUGGCCCUCGGCACGGAGACCACCGGCGUCGUCCCCAGGCUCGAGCAGCUGCUCAACAUGGACACCAAGCCCUACUCCGACAAGAUCAUCGCCGAGUACAUCUGGGUUGGAGGAUCUGGAAUUGACAUCAGAAGCAAAUCAAGGACGAUAUCGAAACCUGUGGCGGACCCUUCGGAGCUACCAAAAUGGAACUAUGAUGGUUCGAGCACAGGGCAAGCUCCGGGAGAAGACAGUGAAGUCAUUCUAUAUCCACAGGCUAUAUUCAAGGACCCAUUCCGAGGUGGCAACAACAUACUGGUUGUUUGUGAUACCUACACGCCAGCUGGGGAACCCAUCCCUACUAACAAACGCCACAGGGCUGCACAAAUAUUCAGUGACCCAAAGGUCGCUUCACAAGUGCCAUGGUAUGGAAUAGAACAGGAGUACACUUUGCUCCAGAGAGAUGUGAACUGGCCUCUUGGCUGGCCUGUCGGAGGGUACCCUGGCCCCCAGGGUCCAUACUACUGUGCUGUUGGAUCAGACAAGUCAUUUGGCCGUGACAUAUCAGAUGCUCACUACAAAGCAUGCAUUUACGCUGGAAUUGAAAUUAGUGGAACAAACGGGGAGGUCAUGCCUGGUCAGUGGGAAUAUCAGGUUGGACCUAGUGUUGGUAUCGAUGCAGGAGAUCACAUAUGGGCUUCAAGAUAUAUUCUCGAGAGAAUUACAGAGCAAGCUGGAGUAGUGCUCACUCUUGAUCCAAAACCAAUCCAGGGUGACUGGAAUGGAGCUGGCUGCCACACAAACUACAGCACAAAGGCCAUGCGUGAAGAUGGAGGUUUUGAAGUGAUCAAGAAAGCAAUCUUGAACCUUUCACUUCGCCACGAUUUGCAUAUAAGUGCAUAUGGUGAAGGAAAUGAACGGAGGUUGACAGGGUUACAUGAGACAGCUAGCAUAUCAGAUUUUUCAUGGGGUGUAGCAAACCGUGGCUGCUCUAUUCGGGUGGGGAGAGACACCGAGGCAAAUGGGAAAGGAUACCUGGAAGACCGUCGUCCGGCCUCAAACAUGGACCCAUACACCGUGACAGCGCUGCUGGCUGAAACCACACUUCUCUGGGAGCCAACCCUUGAGGCGGAGGUUCUUGCUGCCAAGAAGCUGGCCCUGAAGGUAUGAAAGGGCCAAGAAGAUGGAUUCAGCGUGGUGAAAAAAUAAAUCGACGAUGAAAUCAUUCGUCAUCCAUUCUUAUGUUUUUGGUUCUGUCGGGGCAUUGUCUGUACAGUUUCUAGAACCACGUCACCUUUUGCUUGAACAUCAUCACAUUUGAUCUGGGUCUGUACCUUGAGUCCAUUCAAUUGAGAACUGGAGUACGAACAUCGAUGAACAAUUGAAACACACGAGGAUUUUUGUUUA